AUGGCCUCCAUGGAUCCGUACAAGCAGAACAUCACAAUAGCUAGCCCGGAUGGCAUUGUUCCUGUGUCUAUCCGUGAGCUGCAGUUCUUUGUGCAUUACAACCAAACCCUCUGCAUCAACUACGCAGCGCAGCUGGGGGCCUCGAUCAUUCUAUUUGUGAUGCUCCUACUGAUGACCCGUCGUCGUGGCUCUUGGGUUUUCUGCCUCAAUGCUGUCGCCCUUGUCUUGAACAUUCUCCGACUUCUCCUUCAGAUCAUCCACUACUCGACUGGGUUGGAGGAUAUCUACAGCUACUUCACUGGAGACUACUCUGAAGUGCCUACGAGUGCAUUCGCGGUGUCGGUGAUGGCCGUCGUAUUCGAAACCAUGCUUAUCAUCUGCUUUGAAAUCUCUCUUGUUCUACAAGUGCAGGUCGUAUGCCUGACUCUUCGCCGACGUUAUCGAUACUCUUUACUAGCACUAUCGAUCGCAGUAGCGCUCAUACCCAUCGGGUUCCGUUUAGCCUACAUGGUAGGGAACUGCAGGGAGGUGAUGACACUUUCACCAUGGUCCGACAGCCUUAUGUGGCUGGAGCGCACCACGCCGAUCCUGAUCACAAUAAGCAUCUGCUUCUUCUGCGCCAUAUUUGUCGGAAAGCUCUGGUAUGCAAUCCGCCAGCGACGUCGUCUCGGUGUCCGCGACUUCGGGCCCAUGAAGAUCAUCUUCGUCUGCGGCUGCCAGACCCUUUUCAUUCCCGCUAUUGUGACCAUCCUCCAAUUCAUGAUCCAUGUCCCUGAGUUUGGUUCCAACGCGCUCACUCUCGUCACCAUUUCUCUGCCCCUGUCUUCCAUCUGGGCUGGCGUUACCCUCGACCACAUAAAGUCGACAGGCUCGAAUCGUAGCCGGAUGCGGAAUCUUUGGCAAAAGUUCACCUUUGACUCCGAGAGUACAUUGCGGAAUAACUCUGUGGCUACGGAGCUUGCCCCUUACAGCCAAGACCUUUUGCUAUUCAAAGGGAUCCAACAACGCUGCGACCUAUGGUAUUUCCGUGGAGCGCAAUAUUUCUGUGAGCAGUGUCCACGAACCUGCAGCGAUGAUAUGAGAACUCUUCUCGGUGGCUUUGCCCAAGGGGUAGACCGGUUUUAUUUGGAUUUCUUAACUGUGAAGUAG